CGAUUGAACAAGAUCCAAAUUGCCAAUUGGCGGUUCUUCGAAAAGGCUCCCUCCUUGUCCAACCGAAGCCAAACCGAGCAACGAGGGUCUUCAUAAUCCAACAAUUCAAUUCAUUAUUAUUAGAGAAACACAACUCACCAUGGCGUCUGCUCCACCCUCUGAAUUUGACGGGAUAACUCCCCUUAUACCUCCUCCUGCAGUGCAAGCACCCACAUUUUCUGCUUCUCCUGAAAUCACAGAGGAAUCGAUUGACCGCUUGCAGCAACAGGGUUUUACCCGUGGCCUUGCUCUCUCCCUGAAUAGUUCCAAGAAAACGUUUCGCAGUCGCACAUGGGUGGUUGACAAUUCAGGGUCGAUGCAAGCAUGCGACGGUCACAAACUGGUGGCCACGGGCCGACAAGCCAAUCAAGUGGCGUUGGUUCCAUCCAGCCGAUGGGAAGAAAUUCAAGAAUGCGUCACGUAUCAUAUCCAGUUAGCUGCCGCCAUCGAAUCCAAUACUACAUUUCGCCUAUUGAACCACCCAGGAGCCGCGGUCGGACCCCAACAAGUCAAGGUUGCCUCGAUACCAGGAGAUACUACCCUCCUCGGUCAUGAAGUCAAUAUUGCCAUGGAAUGGAUACGGAACACUCGUCCCAAUGGCUGCACACCCCUCACGCAACACAUUUUGGAAUUUCAACGAGAAGUGGCCGCUCAGGAACAAACAUUACGGGCCAAUGGUCAAAAGGUGGCAUUAGUACUGGCAACCGAUGGAUUGCCGACGGAUGAACGAGGAUAUGGUGGUUCCCUUCAUCAGGAACAAUUCCUGGCCAGUUUGAGGACGUUGGAAGGCUUGCCCGUGUGGAUUAUCAUUCGACUUUGUACCGAUGAAGAUCCAGUCGUGUCCUUUUAUAAUGAGCUGGAUUCACAAUUGGAACUCUCGAUCGAAGUCCUGGAUGACUUUUUGGGGGAAGCACAGGAAGUGUACAAGCAAAAUCCCUGGUUGACUUACGGGCUGCCCCUCCAACGCAUGAGAGAGCUGGGGUUCCAAGAACGCAUAUUUGAUCUCCUUGAUGAAAGACCACUCACAAAGACGGAACUGAGGGAUUUCGUAGCCAUCUUAUUUGGAUCCGAUGCCAUGGAUGGCGUUCCGGACCCUUUUAUGGAUUGGGAUGGAUUUGACCAAGACGUCAAGCUUCUGCUAAGUAAGGAGUCGGACACGUGGAAUCCUAUCACCAAGAAGAUGGAGCCCUGGAUCAACAUGCGCAAACUCAAUAGAAUCUAUGGCGACAAACUCAAAUGUGAGAUUUGCCAAAUAAUGUAGUUUCAAGUAAGAAUGUUAGCUUUCUUUCAAGGUGCCACAACACCAACUAUUUUAAGAGACAGAGAGAAAUUCUUCAUAUAAGACAAUCGCGCCUCGUUCCCACU